AUGAAUAUUUUGAAAGAAAUAAGGGAAGCUCCCAGAGAUAUUCGACUUCUAUGGGCAUCAGUGUUUCUAAGAUUGCUUGCGUAUGGGCUAACCAACCAAGUUCUCACACUAUUCCUAAAUGGAAUCAGAAUGACAGAAGAUAAAAUCGGUUGGUUUAUGUCGCUGACUUUAAUUGGGGACGUUAUUUGCUCUUAUAUAUUAACAUGGUAUGCAGAUUCUUGGGGUAGACGUAAAGUUCUAAUUUGUGGAUCCGUCAUGAUGACUUUAAGUGGUCUAGCAUUUGCCUUUUGUGAAAACUUCCAUAUUCUAUUAAUUUUUGCUAUAUUUGGAGUGAUAUCACCUUCAAGUGAUGAAGUUGGCCCAUUUAAGUCCAUCGAGGAAUCGAUGAUUGCUCAUUUGUCUCCAAAUCACAAGAGACCAGAAGUUUAUGCCAUGCAUGCUUUAAUUGGUACUAUAGGGUCUGCAUUAGGUGCAAUAAUGUCAGGUGGGUUCAUUGAUUUACUACAAUAUUUUAAACUUGCAGAAACCGAUUUACAAUGUUAUAAAUAUGUGUUUCUAUUAUAUUCCUUUUUUGCACUAUUAAAAGUUAUUGUUAUGAUAUCAUUAUCUGAAAAGACUGAAUUAGAUAGUCAUUAUAAAGAACAUUUAGAUGAAACCACUCUAGCGCAAGCUAUCACAAACGAUGAAAUGGCUCCAUUAAUGGAGGAAUCACAUCUACAUCGUCAUUCUUCUGUAGAAAGGACAAGUGUUACCGUUACUACACAUGGCGCCAUUUCAUCUCAUGAUGAUUAUGAUAAUGAUAAUAAUAAUAAUACCCUUGUUUCCGAAGAAACACAACCUCAUGAAAGUAGUCUUUCACCAGAAACUGUUACUAUCUUGAUGAAACUGUUAGUAAUAUUCAUGAUAGAUUCUCUAGGGUCCGGUUUCAUGACAAGUAGCUGGAUGGUUUACUACUACAAGAAAUUCUUUAAGAUUAGUUCGUUUGCUUUAGGUGCAUUAUUCUUCUGUACCCAGUUUGUAAUGGCUUCAUCGACAAUCCCAUCGACAAUCAUUGCAAGAAUGUUUGGACCAGUAAGAGCUACACUACUUGUACAAAUUCCAUCUGGUAUAUUCUCUAUACUGAUCCCAUUCGCACAGAAUCAUCUAUGGUUAUCCAUCUUGCUAUUAAAUUUCCAUUUCGGUACAACAGCUAUGGAUGUUCCACCAAGACAGAUUCUAUUAACGAACUUGAUCAACCCUAAGGAUCUAACAAGAGUAAUGGGUAUCGUGAAUAUCGGCAAGACGUUUGCUCGUUGCAUAGGUCCAAUAUUUACAGGUAUUCUUGCUAAGGAUGGCUAUCUGUGGUUAUGUUUUAUCAUUAGCGGUGCGCUUGUAAUAACCGCUGAUAUGGUUUUGGCAUGUUCAUUUUUACAUGUCGAUAAACACAUAAUGAAACAAAUAAAUAAUAGACAAUAA